AAAGGGUUCGGGUUUCCACAUUUAUAUGUUUCUCUUACAAUUUUGCUGCCUCGAAAACUCUGUUCUUUAUUCUUCCGCAACAAUUUUCUCGGUCGAUCACUUCCUUGUUUUUUUCUCGGUGAUUUUCCCUCCCGCCAAACACUCGCCAAUCUCUUGCUCCUCGACUCUAAAUUCUUGCGAUCGCUCGAGAGUCUGUCUCUCUAACGGAUCUCUCUUCCUCUCUCCCUUCCACUCAUUCAUUGUUGCAGUGGCACCUCUGAGUUAGUAGUAGUUGUACUCUAUUUGCAUGCAUAAAUGCCAAUUGCAAAAGCAGCCAAUUCCGCAAAUGUAAUGAAAUCAGAGGAUCCAAAUGAUUCUUUGGACACCUUCAUCAGACAUGCCAUUGGAAAAGAAACUUUCCUUCCCUUCUCAAGGGCUGGGGACAGCCCUGUUCAAUGGAUUCAAUUGCUUCAUGCCUUAGAUCAACAAGAUAUCCCUGGCUGGCAGUUACUCACUCCUCUGAAGGUGCAGACACAAAAGUGUGAUAAGUGUUUGCGAGAAUUUUAUUCAACCAUUAACUAUAGAAGGCAUAUACGUGUGCACCAUAGGUUGAAGAAACUUGAUAAGGAUUCUGCUAAAAAUAGGGAUCUAUUAGCAGCAUUUUGGGACAAGCUCUCAGAGGAUGAGGCGAAAGAAAUCUUAUCGUUCAAGGAUGUGUUACUGGAGGGAGUUCCGGGAUCUUCAGUUAUAAAAUCGUUGACUACACAUGUAAAGAUGUCCCUUUCUGCUUUGCCACAAGUUUGCUUGAGAGCAGGUUCUGCUCUUCUGGACCUCGUGCAAGCUAGACCUUCAAUAUUUCCAAUAUCUUCACAGGAAUUAUUUAGAAUCCUCGAUGAUGCAAGUGAAAGGACUUUCCUUUGUGGUGCAGCCAUGUCAAUGCAAAAAUACAUUUUUGAUGGGGAAGCAGGAAAGAUUGGUCUUGAAACCAAAAACUUGGUUGCUUUUACCAGUUUUUUGGUGGAACAGAAAUUGGUUAAAGCAUGGCUUGCAGAUAAAGAUGCUGAAGCUUUGAGGUGCCAGAAGUUGCUGAUGGAAGAGGAAGAAGCCGCCCAAAAGAGGCAAGUUGAGCUUCUUGAGAGAAAGAGACAGAAGAAGCUUAGGCAGAAGGAGCAUAAAGCAAAGGAACAAAGACACUCGGAUUUGGAAGAAAGUAAGCAGACCAUGGAUGACUCAUCGGAGGAUAACACUCCCGCUGAAGCAUCUAGUCCUUCAGCUGUUGAUUCUGAUGGACAAAAUCCUGCCAUAUCCACAGAUCAAAUUCUCCCAUCUGUAGAGCCCACUGAUUUUUCCAAGCUGGAAGAGGAUGUAGAUUAUGAAAUUCAUAUGGGGUUUAGCAAUGGCUAUAGUGAUCCAGGAACUAGUCAUAAUGUUGAAAGACGAAUGGAGCAAGUUGGUGGGCGUUGGCAGAUAGUUGUUGCUCGAUGGCAGAAUCCACAUACUUCACAACGAGGGGUGCUUAAUGGUUUCCAUGCCAGUCAGAAUUCUCACGGAUUUAAGUGUGGAGGUUUUAAUAAGCAUGGAACAAACAGGGAAAGGUUUGGUGCAAUGGGUAAUGGUAAUAAAAUUUGGAGCCAAAAACCUAAAGCAGUAAAGGAAGGGGAGAGGUUGAAAAUUAAAGAAGAGAAACAAGCAGCUAAUCAAGUGAAUCAAAAUAAGAUCCAUGAGCUUUUAAUUGGCUCUAUAUCUGUCAUGAUUGAAAAUUAUAGCAGUCAUGAUGGACACAAUACAGCUGAAGCCCGUGACAGGAGCCUGGCUGAGUGUCAAAUCUCAAAGAACAAUGUUCAGGAGAAGUCCAGCAAACUUGAUCCUGUUCGGGGUGUUUCAAACCGAUCAACCAUCAAGUUUUGGAGGCCAGUGAGCCGACAUGAAAGCAAAAAUUCACAACCAGUACAAAAUGGUGUUAGUGAAUUUGAAGUGGAAGUGGUUGCUGAAGAGGAUGUAGUGCAUACCGCUUCCAAUGAAAGCUGUUCAAGGUCCUCUUUGACAGAUGGUGGUGAUGGCGUGGGAAGCGUGAAUCUCUCUUCAACGCUUGUGCAACCUGGGAGUUUACAGUUCAACAGCGAUACUGCCAAGGCCAUUCUUUCUCAGAGGUGGAAGGAAGCUAUUGCCGGCGAACAUGUGACAUUGGUUCUCUCCCCAAGCCUUGAUCCCCCAGGGUGCUCUGAUAUCGAAAACGAUUCAUUAGAAAAGUUUAUUGUUAAGGCAAGGGCUUCCGAGGCUUCAACUACCGGACCUGCCCACCGCAAGUUCAGAAGGAAGCCUGAAAAGGGUGCGAAGAUAAAGUACAUUCCGAAACAAAGAUCUGCCACCUAAGAGGUGAGAUGGGAAUUCUUUUGUUGUUCUUUUAUUGAGGUAUGCACAGUUUAGCGAAUCAUCGUUAUAUUCUUAGCAGGGGUUCCAGUUUUACAAAUGGUCUUCUGUUGGAAAAUGUUUUCUCAUUCAGUCUUCUUUUCCCCCUUAAGGUGGUAUAGCAAUUUGACUAGUCUUCUCUGGUUCUGCAAAUUACAUAAUAGUCCAAUUUUUUGAUGUAAUAAAUUGGGUUUAUUGCUGUUACAAAGGUCCUUUUUUCGCGGGGUCAGAAGUGGAGUUUCAAUCUUGGUUUUUCUUGCUUCUGUUCCCUGCAGACAUUU